AUGGAACAUGGGAACCAGUCCAUGGUGACAGAGUUUGUGCUGCUGGGACUCUCACAGGCACGAGAGGCCCAGCUCUUCCUCUUCUUCCUCUUCCUUCUAUUCUACUCUCUGAUCCUGCCCGGAAAUAUCCUUAUCAUUGUGACUAUCCAGAGCGACCCACGGCUGAGCUACCCCAUGUAUUUCUUCUUGGCCAACCUGGCAUUCUUGGAUAUCUGCUAUUGUUCCGUCACCCCUCCAAAGAUGCUCUCUGACUUCUUCUACAACAGCAACACAAUCUCCUACAGGGGCUGCAUGGCCCAGCUCUUCUUUCUCCACUGGCUGGGGGGAACCGAGGUCUUCCUCCUCCUCGGCAUGGCCAUCGACCGCUACGUGGCCAUUUGCCACCCUUUGCAUUAUGCCAGCCUGGUGACCAUUCCGAUCUGUGGGGCCAUGGUAGUGGUGUUCUGGUGCUUAGGGUUCGUUCAUUCCAUCAUCCAGGUGGCUCUCAUCAUCCCCCUCCCCUUCUGUGGCCCCAACAAGCUGGACAAUUUCUUCUGCGACAUCACCCAGAUUGUCAAAUUGGCUUGCACCAACACCUAUGAUUUGGAGUUCUUUAUGUUCAUCAACAGCGGCCUUUCAGCUCUCAUCAGUUUCACCCUCCUCAUCAUCUCCUACGUGGUCCUGCUCUUCAAGGUGAGGAUGGGCUCCACCGAAGGGAAGAGCAAAGCUUCAUCCACCUGCAUCACCCACAUCAUCAUCGUGGUUGUCAUGUUUGGCCCUGCCAUCUUCAUGUACUGCCGCCCAUUCCAGGACUCGCCUCUGGACAAGCUGGUUGCUAUUUUCCACAGCACAGUCUUUCCCUUGCUGAACCCCAUGAUCUACACACUGAGGAACAAGGAAAUCAAGCAUGCCAUGUGGAGGUUGUUGGGCAAAUGUUGGCCUGUGGAUUGGCCGGGAUCGGUAUAA